UCUUGGAUUCCCCGACUUGCUGUUUGGGAACUCUGGGCGUCUCUUGCGCGAAGGGUGGGAACUGUAUCCUCAUGGCUGAGGUGAAGGUGAAAGUGCAGCCGCCCGACGCAGAUCCGGUCGAAAUAGAAAACAGGAUUAUAGAAUUAUGUCACCAGUUCCCUCAUGGAAUCACAGACCAAGUAAUUCAGAAUGAAAUGCCUCAUAUUGAAGCCCAGCAGCGGGCAGUGGCCAUCAAUAGACUUUUGUCCAUGGGUCAGUUGGAUCUCUUAAGGAGCAAUACAGGCCUUCUGUAUAGAAUAAAGGAUUCUCAGAAUGCUGGUAAAAUGAAGGGAUCAGAUAACCAAGAAAAACUAGUAUAUCAAAUCAUUGAGGAUGCAGGAAAUAAAGGAAUAUGGAGCAGAGAUAUCCGAUACAAAAGUAAUUUGCCAUUAACAGAAAUUAACAAGAUUCUAAAGAAUUUGGAAAGUAAAAAGCUUAUCAAAGCUGUUAAGUCGGUGGCAGCAUCAAAAAAGAAGGUAUAUAUGCUCUAUAACCUGCAGCCGGACCGGUCUGUGACUGGUGGAGCCUGGUACAGUGACCAGGAUUUUGAAUCUGAAUUUGUAGAGGUGCUUAACCAACAGUGUUUUAAAUUCUUACAAACCAAGGCAGAAACAGCACGAGAAAGCAAACAGAAUCCAAUGAUACAAAGAAAUAGUUCAUUUGCUUCAUCACAUGAAGUAUGGAAAUAUAUCUGUGAAUUGGGGAUCAGCAAGGUAGAGUUGUCCAUGGAGGACAUUGAAACCAUCUUGAAUACACUCAUAUAUGAUGGGAAAGUGGAGAUGACUAUCAUCACUGCAAAAGAAGGCACAGUUGGCAGUGUAGAUGGACAUAUGAAACUAUAUAGGGCAGUCAAUCCAAUCAUCCCACCCACGGGUUUGGUCCGGGCCCCCUGUGGACUCUGCCCGGUUUUUGACGACUGCCAUGAAGGUGGUGAGAUUUCACCAUCUAACUGUAUUUACAUGACAGAGUGGCUUGAAUUUUAAUAGAGAACUAUGAACUUUACUGACAUUUUGAAAAUGAAGUUCCUUUGGGAGCAAAUAAUUUAUGAUGGAACAUCAAAUUCCCUUGAAAGCAAACUUGACAAUAAUGGAUACAGACUUGCUGCUAUGAAAAUAUUUUUUUAUCUAUGAAGACUAAAUUUAUCUUGGUAGAGUAGCCAACAGAAUAUAAAGAAGGUAAGAUUAGUAGUGAAACUAUUCUUCAAUAAAUAAAAUACUCUGAAGUUCUAGAGGACCACAUCUUCUGAAGCUUUCCAGACUUUCCUUUUGAUUGUUCAUGGAAAAAGAAGCCAGCAAAUCCAUAUUUACCAUUGGCUAAGGGCUAGAGCCUAAAUAUGCUUAUUUUAAAGUUAUUUAUUAAGGCCUUCAUUAGAAAUUAUUUACAUUUGGUUCACUAUCACAUUUCUCUUUUCCAUUUUCUCAGUGAUUCCAUUGAGAAUAAACGGUGAAAAUAGGAAUAGUCUGGCAUGAGUGAAAAGAGUUGGAACAUCCCUUUUCCACAUACUAUUAAUUCCUUUUUAUGUCAGAAAUAUUCUUUCAGAGGAUUGAUUAUGCCACUGUAUUUACCUCAAACCUAAAUGACUGUUAUCAAGGAUAUGUUUUCAGUGCAUAUUGUCAUUGUCAUCCUAAAGGAAAUCUUUUCACUGGUCUUUGUUAAAGUCUUACUAUUUUCACUCUG